AUGGUUUUCGGAGAACUUCGCCGAAGCCGCAGCUUGGAGUCCCUGCGCAAGGAUCUCUUUCACACCAUUACCAAUACCACUGAAGGCGUCUACUUCCCGUCUGGCGCUUCCAUCUUGCAAGACAAAGACUCGGAUAAGGAACUCCUCGCCGUGCUGUGCCCACAAGAAGGGUUCAAGGUAACAGACGCUGGUAUUGCCCAUCUGAGCAAGCUAUUCGUUCAAUGCAACAAGUGGAUUCCCGUCAUUGAGGAGCGCGGCUACGACAUGUAUUGGGCUGUGGUCGCUUCCAGCACCUCUCAAGCCCAAAGUAUUGAUUUGUCACCUGGUAUGGCCAGAGCUGUGGCGUUUGCUCUUCUGCGAGCCAGACAGCGCUGGAUCCUCCUCCAGAGAAACCCAGAGGUGUCCAAAAGCAAUGUCAAGACUCAUUUCUCAGCCGGCCUACAGCGCCUCCUUGAACACUUUGAGGAACGAGACAAGAAUCCCGCCAUUCACGCUUCUCUCAAAGACAAUGAAUGGAAGCUGACUGAAAAGGAGAAGAGAGAUGGCAGCAAGGCUCACCUGAUGGGUCCUGGCAAGCUCAUAUCUCGAGGCAGAAUUGCACUUUCAUUCACCGCCCCGCAGGGACUUUAUCCCAUCGGACAGCUUGCUGGUAUUCCGCAGCCGGAGACCAACCGCCUCGGCAUGAUUGACAGCUCUGUCGAGAAAAUCACGCCUACCGAAGCUGUUCAGUCUUUGAUCUCGCAUCAUCUUGCAGAAGUGCGUCGCGGUCAGAAACGCGCCACUGCGGAGGACGAUGCCAGAAACAAAGUGCCUCGUAACGCCGCUGAAGAAGAUGACGCUCGCGGCGCUGCUACCCGUCGCAUCUUCCCAACUGCCUUGAAGACCAAGUUUAAACCUAGCUAG